AUCAAUUACUUAUAAAUGUUGAUAUAUGCGCUGCUACCUAUUAUCCAAAUGGUUCGGUGAUUGAUAUUAUUUCCAAGGUUCUACCCAAAGUUCAAAAUCGAGAAAGAACAAGAGAUGACUUGCGACGUGGGCUUUCCAAAUUUGAUUGUGACGUUCUAACAAAAUUUUUCAGAGAUGUUAAUAUAACAACUACCUAUCGAGGCAGUAAUGGCGUGAAGCAAAAACAUAAAGUUAUAUCUGUUACAUACAAAUCUGCUGAUGAAAUUACUCAAGGCAGAAAUAGAACUACUAUCACUCAACAAUGUAAGAGGGAUGGCAUUAACUUACAGUUCCCAAUGCUUCCAUGUGUUUAUACCAAAAAACCAAGAGUUGGCGAAAUAUAUUUACCCUUGGAAAUUUGUGUUGUAAUUUCUG